GGCCACGUGACGUCCGCCUUCUUUAGCUGAGCGGACACCUGGGCGCGGGUCGCUGUCCCGCCCGCCGCGCCCGCCCGCCGCACCUGCCCGCGUCCCGCUCGGCUUCCGUCCGCCGCCAGCAUGAUGUGCGGGGCGCCCACCGCCUCGCAGCCCGCCACGGCCGAGACCCAGGCCAUCGCCGACCAGGUGAAGGCCCAGCUGGAAGAGCGGGAAAACAAGAAGUUCACUACCUUUAAGGCCGUGGAGUUCAGGAGCCAAGUGGUCGCUGGCAGGAACUACUUCAUCAAGGUUCAAGUUGACGAUGAGGAGUUUGUGCACCUUCGAGUAUUUCAGAGUCUCCCGCACGAAAACAAGCCCUUGGCCUUGUCCAGCUAUCAGACCAACAAGGCCAAGCAUGACGAGCUGGCGUAUUUCUAGCUCCCACGCCGAGUGGGGCCCGUCCAUGUGUUUCUGUCCGCUGUGAACACAUCUGGGAUCAAAAGCAAAUGUCGUUUCUCCAUGGGGCCACUUGGGGGGCGGGGGGGGGGAGUAUCACGCACCUCUCUUGCAUCCCUGCCUUUCGUCCCUGCCUUUGUCUCUUCCUGCCUUUUGGUGGGAGAGACAGAACACUGUCACUGAUCUUAAUUACUUUCAAAGACGGCUUAUAUUCUCUUUAAAUACAUAUUUUUAAAUCUUCAUGAAUUUA